AUGAAGCCUCUAAGCCAUGCUGUGAAAAGUAGUAUUUCACCAUUUCCAUUUGAUUGGAGCAAUGUUCCCCGACGACUGCGGACGAAGAGGAAGAGAAAAUUAAAUGGCGAGGAAGCACUUUCUAGACCAAAAGAAGCACAGUAUAGACUCAAGGAAGCACUUUCUAUACCAAAGGAAGCACCUUCUAGACUGAAGGAAGCACAAUCUAGACUCAAGGAAGCAGUUUCUAAACCGAAGGAAGCACUUUCUAAACCAAAGGAAGUAUCUUCUAGACAGAAGGAAGCACAAUCUAGACUCAAGGAAGCACUUUCUAAACCGAAGGAAGCACUUUCUAGACAGACGGAAGCACUUUCUAAACCUGAUAAUGUGCAUUCUCAACCAAAGAAAACACUUUCUACACCUAACAAAACAUAUUCUAGGUCAAAUAAAGCAUUUUCUAGACUCAAGGAAGCGCUUUCAAGACCCCAAGAUUCGCAUUUUAGACCAAAAGAAGCACUUUCUGGACUCAAGGAAAAGCUAGACAGUGGAGUUUUUGAUACUUACAUGAAGUGA